AUGAAUGUGUUCAGGGCGCUGAACCAGACAGGCUGGGGCAACGCGUCGGGGCCGGCGGCGGGGGGCAGCGCGGCGCUGCUGGGCAUCGGCGUGGAGAACCUGGUCACGCUGCUGGUCUUCGGGCUCAUCUUCGCGCUGGGCGUGCUGGGCAACGCGCUGGUCAUCACGGUGCUGGCGCGGAGCCGCGCGGGGCAGCCGCGGAGCACCACCAACAUCUUCAUCCUCAACCUGAGCAUCGCGGACCUGGCCUACCUGCUCUUCUGCGUGCCCUUCCAGGCCACGGUGUACGCGCUGCCCAGCUGGGCGCUGGGCGCCUUCGCCUGCAAGUUCACGCACUACUUCUUCACCGUGUCCAUGCUGGUCAGCAUCUUCACGCUCUCGGCCAUGGCCGUGGACCGCUACGUGGCCAUCGUGCACUCGCGCCGCUCCUCGGCCCUGCGGGUGGCCCGCCACGCGCUGCUGGGCGUGGGGCUCAUCUGGGCGCUGGCGCUGGCCCUGGCCUCGCCCGUGGCCACAAACCAGCGCCUGGUGCACCGCGCCGCCGGCAACCUCACCUUCUGCUGGGAGCAGUGGCCCGACCCGCGCCACAAGAAGCUCUACGUGGUCUGCACCUUCGUCUUCGGCUACCUGCUGCCCCUGCUGCUUAUCUCCUUCUGCUACGCCAAGGCCAAAUCCGCUUGA